CAGGCGCUGCAGGAGAGGACUGAAAACACAGAAGGAACCCUGUGGAACCGAAGCAUCAUGAUGGAGCUGUAUCUCGACCUGCACUCCCAGCCAUGCCGCUCCGUCUUCCUGUUUGCCAAAGCGGUCGGGAUUCCUUUUGAGUUUAGGCUGGUGGAGCUCGCUGCAGGGCAGCAGUACAGCGAGGAGUUUGGAAAAGUCAGCCUCAUGAGGAAGGUUCCUGUCAUGAAGGAUGGAAGCUUCAUUCUGACGGAAAGCGUUGCAAUCCUGAAGUACCUGGUGCAGAAACAUUCGUCAUCAGUGGCAGAUCACUGGUAUCCUGCUGACCUGCAGCAGCGGGCUCGCGUUAAUGAAUACCUGUCCUGGCAGCACAUGAACCUGAGAACUCACGGGUCCAAGGUCUUCCUGCUCAGGGCUCUGUUUCCUGUCAUCAUGGGCUCGGAGGUCCCGAAGGAGAAGAUGGACGCUGCUGUCGAGGAUCUGAAUCAGUCGCUCAAAAUGCUGGAGGACUAUUUCCUGCAGAACAAACCAUUUGUCAUUGGUGACAAAAUCUCUCUGGCUGAUCUGGUGGCUGUAGUUGAGAUCAUGCAGCCUGUUGCUACCGGCCUGGAUGUGUUUGAAGGCCGUCCGAAGCUGAUCAGCUGGAGAGAGCGAGUGAAAAAGGCGCUUGGUGAAAAGUUGUUUGACGAAAGUCACGAGGUGAUCAUGAAGGUGAGCAGCCUGCCACAUAAGAUGCAGAACAACAGCGAGCUGGAGAUGCUCAAACCAAAGUUUCAGAAGAUUUUCAGCUGAGAACAAACCCAGAUGAUGCGACUGUCGGUGUCAAAAUAUUAUCUCAAUUGGAUUUUAAUUUCAUGGUUGUAUGGUGAUUUUUAUCAGCAGAAUGUUUGUGCCGGUUUAAUAAAGUACUGAGGAAUAA